AUGUUGAAUGUUGGAGAGAGGUGCAGUAAUACAAGUCUUAAUGGUGAUAGUUGUGGAUUUGGACUUAGAUGCCUCGACCCAUUUGGCAUCUCCAACCAGAACAGCCUCAACUUGACAUGCCAGUACAGAGCUUAUGCAACACAAGGUCAAGCAUGUGAGACCACCGCCUCUUGCUCUACCAGUGAAAUGGUAUGCCAGGCAGAUUUCUACACUCCAAUGGCCGCCUGUGCUCCAAGGGUUGGACUCAAUGGUGCAUGUGAAGGAUAUAAGGAUCAAUGGCAAUGCCAAUUAGGACUGGUCUGCUCCUUUGUCGAUGGUACCAGAACCAACCGGACAUGUGUCCCGAUAGCCUCCAAGGGCGAGGGCGAGCAAUGCUGGGAUUCCAGUAAUUUAGACUUUAAUGGAGAUAUCCCAGACUACGAGUGUGAUCUUUCCAAGGGUCUGAUGUGCAUCAAUAACACCUGCCAGAAGCCUUUGUUCCCGGGCGUAGACAACUGCACCAACAACUACAACUCAGACUGUGCCAACUCUAUCAAGGACUUGGUGAGCUGUGUGUUGAAGAACAAGUGUCAGAUGGUAACCAUAUACAACAAUUCACCAAACACAUGUUUCUACAAACAUUGUGGAGGCAUAGCCUGUAACAACAAGUGUUCACUUCAACCAACCAAGAACAGCAGAUGUGGAUCACAAGGAAUCUAUCCAGCAUGCAGCCUCUAUUCCUCUGGAAACACCCUCACCAUCCAAUCAAUCACCACUUUUGUCCUCAUCUCAAUGAUAAUGGUAAUUAUUAUUAUUUAA